AGUCCGGUGCGCGCCCCCACCGUGGUGUCACCAUCACCAUGAAGCCUAACUAUGAGGACAUCCCUCUCACCAGCUCAACACACGGUGAUGGGGAAGAUCCUAACAGGACGGGAGUGAGGUUCGCUAAGGACACGCAACGUUCCAACCUUCUAGCAACAGAGGCCAUGACUGGACCAGGUCGUCGCGGAGGGUCGCUGCGGGACAGAGAACGACAGUAUUCCGUAGACAAGGAGCGGCCCCAGAGGAGAUUCUCAGCGCACAUCGUGGCUCGCAGAGAGUCGACCUACGGAGGCAUCGACGCCGCCAUCAGACGUCCCUCCCUAGCAGCCGUGGCGGAACGAGGAUCCUGGGGGAAUCGGUGGGAAUUCCUCCUCUCCUGCGUGGGACUCAGCGUAGGCAUCGGGAACGUCUGGAGAUUCCCCUACUUGGCCUACCAAAAUGGCGGUGGAGCGUUCCUAGUACCGUACCUGAUCAUGUUGGCGCUGGCAGGAAAACCGAUGUAUUUUCUGGAGCUAGCAGUCGGUCAGUUCGGGGGUGUCGGACCUUUAGCCCUGUGGAACUGCUGUCCUAUAGCUAAGGGUGUUGGUUGUGCCAUGGUGACGGUGUCACUGAUAGUCUGUAUAUACUACAAUGUGAUCAUGUCGUACACCGUGUUCUACAUGGUGUCGUCGUUCUCUUCCGAGGUGCCUUGGUCUAAGUGUGAUCCGGCUUGGGCUGAUAUGGCUACAUGUUAUGUCCGAGGAAAGGCGCCUUCUCAGAACGCUUCAAACGUCACAGCCGCAGGAAACGUUUUACACAAUAUUACGAGUCAGCUGACUAAUGGCAGCAAUAAGGAGACAGCCAGUCUUCAGUAUUGGGAAAGGCACGUUCUUCAUCUGUCCGAUGGCAUAGAGCACCUCGGCCCCAUCAAGUGGGAUUUGGCCCUUUGUCUUCUCUUCUCAUGGGUCAUUGUUGUCCUGUGCUUAGUCAAAGGCAUCAAAACUUCAGGAAAGGUGGUCUACUUUGCAGCAACAUUCCCUUACAUGAUCCUGUUCACCCUCCUAGUGACAGGAUUGUGUCAGGAAGGAGCCAUCUCUGGAGUCUUGUACUUCAUUACACCCACUUGGAAGAAAUUGCUCGAUAUACAGGUGUGGCAAGCAGCUGCUGGCCAAAUGUUCUUUUCUCUCAGUGUGUCCAUGGGAGGCCUUAUAAUGUACAGCAGUUACAAUGACUUUAGAAACAAUGUAUACAGAGAUGCUCUGGUGGUGAGUGUCAUGGACACAAUCACUAGUAUGAUCUCAGGCAUAGUCACAUUCAGUAUACUGGGCGCGAUGGCUCACGACCUCGGCGUCCCUGUAGACCAUGUAGUCAAGGAAGGUCCUGGUCUGGCGUUUGUCGCUUACCCAGAAGCUCUGCUGAGACUGCCUGUACCUCAGCUGUGGUCCAUUCUGUUCUUCAUGAUGCUUUUCAUCUUGGGACUUGACAGUGAGUUUGCACUUCUGGAAAAUGUGCUGACGAGUAUCUCUGACGAAUUUCCAAGUUUGAGAAAACGCAAAUUGACCUUCUGUGUAGCUACUGCUGUUCUCUGUUACUGCAUUGGCCUCACUUGUGUGACAUAUGGUGGCAACUACGUCCUAACGUUAAUGGAUGUUUAUGGAGGCGGGAUCGCAAUUCUCUUCAUUGCAAUAUCUGAAUGCAUCGCUCUAAUUUGGCUGUAUGGCUUAAACAGACUUUGUGAGGAUCUAAAAUUCAUGCUUGGGUUCAGACCUAACGUCUACUGGAGGGUAACGUGGAGCUUCUGUGGGCCAGUUAUACUGUCCACAAUUUUCAUCUACUCCCUGAUAGACUACAAACCAUUGAGGUAUGAGAACUACGACUACCCGGACUGGGCAGAUGGGAUAGGUUGGGUAUUAGCAGGACUGUCUACCAUGCAAAUACCCUUCUGGGCAGUCGUCACGGUGUUGCGGCAACAAGGGCCUACGCUUAAACUGAAAUUCAAGCAAGCUCUGACAGCCAACGCAGACUGGGGUCCAAGCGAUCCUGCAGUGAAGGAGGAAUGGCGAGAAUGUGUCAAGGAGUUUGAAAUCUCUCGUUCCGAGAAAAAAGCUUCUCACCAAAACGGUCUUCUUCUGAAAACUUCACACGAGGCCGGAAACCACAAACUGUCAGUUUAGAAGCCAAUACCAACAACCGGCCUCUUCUUCCAUUACUUUUAUAGAAAUGUGAUGUACUAUACUCGACCUGUGUUAUUUUGUACAAAAAUACAAUAACCACGUUACAGUUUGUAUGUAUGUUCAGAUCACUAAAGUUGUUUAAUCUUUUUGAACAGUUUUAAAUUUGAGCUGGUAGUGUUAUUAAGAGUCAACAGGACCACCGGCCAUCUUGGAUUUUCUGCCCGUAACGAUAAUGUUAAUGGUUGAAGCAUAUUACAGCAUUGUUUUUUAAGAUAAAAAGUUGCAGAAUAUCUCAUUCUAAAGCUAUUGAAACCGCAAAUGUGAUUUGCUAUUUAAUUUUUAAUUUUAAUUGUUAUUGUUUUGUCAAACUACUAAAAUAUAUUGACUUAAACUGCAAUUUUUUCUACCCCUAAAGUAAAAGUUUUAAAAUUCCAAAAAGCAAUUUAAUUAGAAAAUAUUUUUAAGGAUCACAUAUAAUUUUCUGCUUGGUAAUCAAGCUUACGAUGUAUGAUUAAUAUACUUCAACAUGAACGCAUGUUUUUGCUAAUCGGCGCUCGGACAACCACUGUUAAGUUUAGCCUGGCAUCUGACGGUCAACGAUAAUGCAAAAUUAUUUACUCCUGCCAACUCAAGAUUAUUUUUUGAGAUGUAAAUAAUUAAACCCACGACUUUACUUUAAAGUGUCUUAACACCAUGUUUAAAUAUUUAUGACCCUCAUGCUGAGUUCAAAAAUUCAUUGAUUAAUUAAAAAUAAUAAUUUGACCGCUGCCUGCCAUCGAAAAAUCUGAUAAAAGCUUAAACCCAGACUGUAAACAUAUACUGUAGCAUUGUUAUUGUGGAAAACUAAUUGAAAAUAGCAAAUACUCCGCAAUGAGUCAAUUUGUCAGAUUGUGAAUAGAAACCUGAAACCUGUUACAUUUUGAAGUAGUGAUGUUAAUUUAGGAUAUUGAAGGGGUAUAGAUAUUUUUGUUACUUUCAGAGUUGUUAUUUAUGUACUGAAUAUAAAGUUAGUCGAUUAUAGUGUACAUUGUUAUGUGAAAGCAAGACUAGAAUUAGCAACCAAUAGUGAGGUUAUGUACAUGUAAAUAUAUGGUUAAAAGCUCAAUGUAACUCGAUGUAAUGUUUGUAGAGAAUUAUUUUUUGAAAUAAUGAAUAUUUUUUGUUAAAAAUAUGUCCAUAAUAAGGAAGACCUAAUUUGAUAUGAAGUUGUAUAUGCCUAUAUUUCAUAGUGAGACUUUUAAUGGAAACGCAUAACUGAAAUAUUAUAAAAUAUUUUAUUUCUUAUUACCCAAAAUGUAUCAAUCUUUAAUUUCAUUUUGUAAAAACCUCACCAAGCUGACAAAAUAUACUAAGUGACAAAUCAGGAAUGAAGGAAGAGUACUGUUUGGAUUUUUAAAACUAAAACUUGGGUGUGUUAGCCUAGUGAUUAGAAUGUCAGACUUUGGUACAAGAGACAUGCUUGAUCCCUAUAAUAUCUGUAAAUAUCUGAGGAGUUACAACCACUUUUCCUAUCAAGUAUUUGAGUAUCUUCCAAAUGCAAUCAUCACGCAACCAAAACUAAAUUAAUAAAACAAACAUCAUUAAGUCUGCUAGGGAAAAGGAAUUUAGUGGGCAAAGUGAACUCAGUAGAAUAAGUGGUACUGAGUACCCAGGAGUAAGACAGAGUCCAUCCACGGUUGCAUUUGUUACAAUUUGGGACAUUUUUUUUUGCACAUCCUUUUGUGUAUUUCACAGCCUAUCAAACUUCAGGUACUUGGUAAACUGUAGCAUUCUGCCUGUGAGCUCUGCCUAAACCAGGUCUAUCUAACCUCAUCAUGGUUCCAGGGGAGCUUUCCUUUACCUUAGCUACCAGUAGGCAGACAACUAGUAGAAGGUCUGCAGUCUCCUUGGACAAGGAGGAAGUACCUGCAAGGGAUGCAGGUAUACUGUAACAUUCUGCCAACGAGCUCUGUCUAAACCAGGUCUAUCUAACCUCAUCAUGGUUACCUUAGCUACCAGUAGAAGGUCUGCAGUCUCCUUAGACAAGGGAUGCAGGUACUUCCUCAGGUAACCACGACCUAUGACGGGUGAUAUGUUCAAAAGUUCAGUGAGGUGUUUUCCGAAUUUAUAACAAAUCAAAAUUAGCUGAUAAAAGUGUGCACAAAAUGUGGCAACUUAUUUUUUAUGGUUUGGUUUGAAACGCCAAAACCCUGCCUGGCAGUAUUUGUGCUGUUAAAAAUGUGUAUUGUGCAUCAUGAAAUAAUGGCUAAGAAUGAAAAUUAAUUUAUUAAAACACCAAAGAACAAUGCAUUUAGGAACCCUAAUCUUUUAUACAACGGAAGAGAUAGAUAUUUAUGUCAAUCAAUUUGAAGUAUAAUUUAGGAUAUCAUAAAAUUAUUAAUUAUUAAUGAAGCAGAAUGAAGCUGCAGAGUUAUUUAGAACUGUAGACAUUGGUAAUCUAACGGUAUUGUUUUAAUGUUAAAGUACACUUAAAAAGUGAUUUUAUUUUCAUUAACAAUACGGCAUAUCCUUGAUAAGUAUUUAGUGUGAUAACAUACGUGUAUACUAUUGUAAAACUGAAACUUAGGUUAAUGUCAAUUGUGAAAUUGUGAGAUUAGAGAAAUAUUUAAUGUAUUGUUUAAUCAUUCCUUUUUACUUUAAACCAAAUUCACAAGGAUAAAGGUUAAACUGCUAUAACAUUAAUGCAACUUUUAAAUCAUAAUUUUUUGAACUUUAUUAAUUUUCAUACAUAUUGAAACUGAGCAAUAUAUUGAUGUUAACAGGUUCACUACCAUCCGUAACACUUCUUAACAUAUAACAAUUCCUGACACUCGAGAGUGAAGGUGUUAAAGGAAAAACGUAAAAAGUAACAGUUGUUUGCAAAUUACUGUUUCCACUGAAAUGAAAUAACUAGUUUAAUUUAAGUUAGUGGUCUAUUGAAUUUUAACUGCCUGAAAUACCGUAGUUAUGUUUCCUGAGUUGAACGUACAAAUCUUCAAGAUUUAUGAUGAACACUUUAAUAUUCAUUUCAACAUCUAAAGAGAUUAAAUAAACCAUAUAGUAACGAACCAGUACACAAUUAACAUGAUAAUUGAGUCCAAAAUAUAAAAUGUCAUGAUGGUUUUGUAUUUCAAUACAGUAUAUUAAUAGACCGAUUAUUCGACUAAAAAUUGUUGAUCAAACUCAUUAAUUCUGAUUGCAAAACUUAUUAUGCUUUCGUCACUAAACUAACCAUCUUCAAGUCUUUGCUCAGAAAAUAGUGGACAGAUUAAUCAUGAUAAAAUUGAUUCAUAAAAUAAAAAAUGUUAAUAAGAUCUUAAGUAAAUUUCAAAUAUACACUGCCUAAAGUAAAAAGGAAUGAUUUGUACUUGUGCCUAAAAAUUGUAACCCCGUUAUAGCUGUAUUCAAUGUUCAGGCUGGGCCUAUAACAGUAAUUAAAUAAUAGCAAUAAAGUAUAUAU